AUGAGUCGUAUUGAUGAAAAGCCGAAAGAUCAGUCACAGGUAGUAUAUAUACAACAUCAUCCGAUCAUUCGCGAAUCAAGUUCGACAACAAAAGUUCGUGGCGUUUUUAAUGCAUCGAAAAAAACGUCCAAUCUUACAAGCUUAAACGAUCACAUGCAUAUUGGGGAAAAAUUGCAAGGUAACAUUUUUAAAAUCACUCUAUUGUGGAGAACUUAUCGUUUCGUAUACGUUUCUGAUAUUGCCCAAAUGUACAGGCAAAUUUUGAUUGAUGAGAGAGAUCGAGAUUAUCAGAGGAUUUUGUGGUUUUCAACUUCAUUAUCAAAUCCAAUUCAAUUUCGUUUGAACACUGUUACUUACGGAACCACUGCAGCCCCUUUUUUAGCUCUUCGUGUCCUGAAACAACUCGUUAAAGACGAGGGUGAUUCGUUCCCAUUGGCCUCAUUCGUUUUAGAGCAUCAAAUUUAUAUCGAUGAUUGUAUUUUUGGUGCUGACUCAAAAGAAAGAAUCAAAUAA